AUGACAGUCAAAGAAAAGAGCGAAGAGGAAAUUACCAAUCAAGAUGUAGCAAGCUAUGACGGUUACAAAGAUAAAUUUAUGGAAAAAAGGAUUAUUAGGAAAUUUGAUAUUUAUUUAUUACUCGAUCGUGCUAACAUAGGCAACGCCAUUGUAGCAGGCUUCACUGGAAAAUACUUACAAUCCACUGCUCUCGAAUUUAAUCUUGCGGUAUCAGCACAUCUUUUUGGUUUUGUAUUCUUUGAAAUUCUUUCAAGUCUUGUAUCAAAGAUUUUGGGAUUUCAUGUUUGGAUUCCGAUCAUAAUGGUGUGCUGGGGUACCUUAUCUAUGUGUCAAGCAGCAGUUACUUCUUCGCUUCAAUUAGGAAUUAUCAGAUUCCUUUUAGGAGUGGCAGAAGCCGGGUUUUCUCCAGCUGUUAUAGAUUAUAUAUGCUUAUUUUACUCCAGAAAAGAAGUGACUAUGAGGUACGGUGCCUUUAUGGCUCUGAGCAUCAUCGCUGGGGCAUUUACUGGUCUUCUUGCAUAUGGAAUAGUUCAAAUAAAAGGGACCUCAUUAAAAAGCUUCCAAAUAAUAUUUUUAUUAGAAGGUAUCCCAACUAUCAUUCUUGCUGCAGUUGUCGCAGCAUUUUUCACUAAAGGCCCCGGAAAUGCCCGUUUCCUCACUCCUGAAGAACGUCGUUACACCAUCGAUCGUCUUAAACCAGAAGGUGGUAUUGAUGAAGAAAAUCGUAGUGUCAUAAAAUCUCAAGCUAAAAGCGCGUUUUUUGAUCCCAGAGUUUACGUUUACAUAUUAGCCGCAACUUUUGGAUCAAUUCCAUUUAAUGCACUUAAUUUUUUCCUUCCAACCUUAGUGGGUCAGCUUGGUUAUAAUCCUGUAGAUACUCAAUUAAUGAGAAUUGCAGGAACGAUUGCAACAUCUGCCACUGAUCCAAGUUUAUUCAAAAUACGUUACUUUUUCACCAUACUUAUAGCUUGUGGUGUAUAUACUACGCAACCAAUUGUUUACAGUUGGCUUACUUGUAAUAUUCUCGGUCAAUAUAAGCGUAACAUAACGAUUGCAACAUCCUUUACUAUCGGUAAUAUUGGUGGUGUCGUCGGAAUUUUACUCUUUCAACAAACCAUGGCACCUGAAUUUAGAAACGGAAUGAUAUUGUCCCUGAGCAUGAUAGUCGCUCAAUUUGUUUUAGCUCUUUUGAUGAAAUUUCAUUUGAACUAUGAGAAUAAGAAACGUGAUUUGGCCACGUUAUCCAAUAAUAAGAUUCAGCUAAGUGAAAGUGAAUUAAAAGAUACAAAGUUCAUUAAGGAAAAGGCUGCAAAAUUGGUGGAACAUGAACCGAAAUUCGAUGAUAUUCUGUGCGAUUUACAUCCUAAUUGGAG